AUGUCUCUCGGCAUCUCUCGAGUAUUCACGCCCGCCCGUACUCGAUUCCUGAGUGCGGCGGUUACAGCCCCUAAGGUGGUUGCCUCUUCCUCGACCAGACUUUACUCCAGCACCAAGAGCGCCUUCAACCAGCAUGAUAUCCACAAUAUUUCCCACAAUCCAGACCACAUCCAGUCCAAGCUCCCAUCGAAGAAGCAAUUGCGUAAUGCCAACCGAUUCCGCGAGUUUGACAUGGAGGGGCGUGUCUAUGUAAUCACUGGUGGUGGCCGAGGAUUGGGCCUGUCGAUGGGCGAAGCCCUCAUUGAGGCUGGUGCAAAGGUUUACGCCCUGGACCGCCUCGAAACACCUCACCCUGACUUCCUGAAAGCCCAAGCCAAGGCCCAGGACUACGGCGGCACACUAGAGUACAUCAGAAUCGACGUCCGCAAUAACACAGAAGUCAACAACACAUUCGCAGCAAUCGCCGCCCAAGAACAGCGCUUGGACGGCCUCGUCGCCGCAGCGGGUAUAAACCACCUCCAAUCCGCCCUCGAACACUCCCAACAAGCCCUCGACGACGUAAUGAGCAUCAACUACAACGGCGUAUUCAACUCCGCCACCGCGGCAGCCCGUCAAAUGUUCAAUUACCAGCAAAAAGGCUCCAUUCUCCUCGUUGCAUCUAUGAGCGGCCUCAUCGCUAAUAAGGGAAUGACUUCGCCCGUGUAUAAUUCCUCCAAGGCUGCUGUUAUUCAGCUCGCGCGCUCGUUGGCUAUGGAGUGGGGCCGUCAUGGUAUUCGGGUGAAUAGUCUUUGUCCUGGACAUAUUAUUACGCCUAUGGUGGAGGAUGUUUUCCAGCAGAAUCCUGCGGCGCAGGCUGUUUGGGAGGCGGAGAAUAUGCUUGGUCGUCUGGCUAUGCCUGAGGAGUUCCGUGGCUCUGCGCUGUUUUGUCUCUCGGAUGCUAGCAGUUUCAUGACUGGUAGUACUCUGGUCAUUGAUGGUGGACACACUGCUUGGUGA